CUACCGGACUGACUGACAACUGAUUUGCGGACGGAUUGGUGAAGAUAAGGGACGCAAUGUCGACUGUGACGCGACGCCGACAUCGAAGAGAGCGCGUGUUCGCCCAGUACGCUGUUGUGAUGAUGGGACGGCAGCGUGUGUUCCGUGACCGCUUGAACCCUUUGGAGGAGUUCGAUGAGGACGAACUGCAGGAGCGCUUUCGAUUCGGUCGCGCGGGCAUUGUGUUCCUCGCCGACACACUGCGCCCGGACUUGGAGCGGCCGACGCGUCGCAGCCGCGCCCUCUCUGCAGAGCAGCAGGUCAUUGUCGCCUUACAGUUCUACGCCACGGGGAACUUCCUCAUCACCGCAGGGGACUACAUCCGUGUGCACGUCUCCACUGCUUCGCGGACUGUGAGGCGGGUGACUCAGGCCUUGGUACGUCGUGCCCAAGACUUCAUAGGGUGGCCAGGUGAAGCUGAGGGUCAUGCCGUACAACAGGCCUUCUUUGAGAUCGGUGGGUUUCCUUCGGUCGUGGGUGCUGUUGAUGGCACUCACAUUCGGAUACAGGCACCACAAGUGCAUGAGGAGGUGUACAUUAACCGCCAUCUGUACCAUUCAAUAAAUGUACAGUUAGUGGUUGACGUCUUUUACCGUAUCCGCAAUGUGGUUGCAAAAUGGCCUGGAAGCACCCACGACUCUAGGAUAUUCACCGAGGGCUCGUUGUCAGGCAAGCUGGCCGAUGGCGUUUACGAGGGCCUACUGCUUGGAGACAGCGGCUACACCUGCAAGCCAUGGCUGAUGACGCCCUUCCUGUCUCCGUCAUCAGCAGCGGAGGUCGCCUACAAUGCGUCACAUAGCACAACGAGGAGCAUCGUGGAACGGUAA